AUGACAACUACAACCCGUAGUCGAGUGUAUCCUGCAGCGGGGUUAUGGGGCAGACACCAGCUUGUACUUACAGCUCCAACUGCAGUCAUCUUUUCAGUUUUGUUUUCCGGAUCUAUCCUCAACGUGCAUGUCGCCGUGGCUCGCGCGGAUUGCAAUAGGCUCCGCAGAGAGUACCGAGAAGAGGAGAAGAAGAAGUACGCUUACGUACUGGAAGCUUUCACAGACGACAAGAAAACUGGACGCUUCCUGCAGGAGCACGAAAGCAGCACCUGGGAGAAAGUGCACAAAGCUACCGAUGACGCCCUUGCGGUUUUACUUAAGGAGAAACGUCGAGGGGAACACGAAGGAAAGCUCAACUCGCACAACCGGGCAGCAGCUGCGGACGGUGAAGAGCUUCGCAGCUUCGCGAUGGAUGAAGCCGAGGGCUUGCUGCAAGAAGUUUGGCAUGUUGUAGCGGCAUCUAACCACGCUGAUGGACAGCAAGUGCACCAGACCUCGCCUUCAAGCGCAACAGCGGCAACACGCCUUCAAGAGCGUGUUUCUCGGCUUCAAAAACAUUUGGCAGAAUCUUCGGAAACCGCUAA